AUGUCACUUAAUCCAUUGAUUGAAGCUAGUGGUGGGUUAUAUAAAACCAUCACAAAGUCUCUUUCCGAUCAGAAAACAACCACUUAUAACAAUGGCAAUUGGUCAUUGGAACAAUUAGAUCAUUGGAAAAAUGAACAACUCCCCACAAUUGUCUUGGAAAGAUACAAGGAACAUGGGGGAGAUACUUGGUUAAUUAAAGAAGAAUUGGAAUUACUCAUGGAUUGGAAACUUGCCAAGGGGAAGUUUAGACCAACGUUACCAAAACUUAUCAGACAAAAUGAACCAGAUCUGGUUAAAACGGCAACUCAAGAAGGAUUCAAAGUUUUAAUAGACUUUUAUUCAACUCAUUCAUCAAAGAAGAAUUUUUGGAAGAAUGUCACUUCCAAGCAAGAAUCUGAAUAUAUUUCCGCUGUGAAAGAUGCAUUGAAGAAAACUUCCACUUUGAGAGGAGUUGGUCCUGCUACAGCAAGUCUUAUUCUUUCCUUACUUUCCCCAAUUGUGAAAUCAUUUACUCCUCCAUUCUUUAGUGAUGAAAGUUUUAUCUAUUUUGUGGUUGAACCAAGUAGAAAGGGGACCAAAAUUAAAUACAAUGUGAAAGAAUAUGUUGAAGAGUACUUGCCGGUAUUGAUAGACAUACUCAAGUCUAACCCAGAUGUAGAUAUGAACGUUUUGGAAAAGGGUGCUUGGUCAAUAAAAUCUUAUGACAUUGGGAAGCUUGACAUUUUAGCUGAUAUAAAAUUACCCUUUAAAAUUGAACCAGAAAUCCUUGAACAUUAUGUGAAGAAUGAUGAUGAAGAAGAAGAAGAGGAAGAAGACGAAGAAGAAGACGAAGAAGAAGAAGAAAAUGUAAAGAUUGAAGAGGAGAAGGAAAAGUUGGAAGACACUGAUCAAGAAAUUAAAAAGGAUUCCCUGAGGAAAAGACGUAAAAUUAAAUAG